GCCCCCGCCCCCUCGGCGCCUCGCAGCCCCCGGGUCACGCGUCGUGUCCUUGGGCGGAGCCGCCACCGGACAGGGAGAGGACACGGGCGGACAUGAGGGGCCUAAUGAUCUCCCGCUCUGGAGCCCUGCUUCGGGCCUUCAGCUCCAGCGCCCGACGCUCCAUCGAGAACCGCGUCCCUGAGAAGCAGAAACUCUUCCAGCAAGACAACGGCCUCCCCGUGCACUUGAAGGGGGGGACCCGUGAUGCCCUGCUCUAUCGCCUGACCAUGUUGCUCUCCGUGGGGGGCACCUGCUACUCCCUGUACUGCCUGGCCUGGGCCUCCUACCCUCACAAGAAGGAGUGAUGCUGGCCAGACGUGCCCUGAACUGCCAGACCUCUGCCCCCAGGUCUGAGCCCUGAAGGGAAGGGUGUGAGUAGGGCUGAGGUCUUCCUUCCUGGACCUGGGGGAGAGGAUGUUGCCAAUAAACCCCCAGUGGGGGGCAAAGAUGUA